AUGCAUCCAUUGUGUCCCUGGAGGCUCCAUGAAAUUGGAAGUAUUUAAGACUUUUAUUUAAAAUGUUUUAUUGUUCUGGCAGCUCCACUCGUAGCGCUGAUUGCAAUGAGCUCGCUGGUGCGUGGGAUGCAAAUUGCGACAGCAAAGUCUCAGAGAGACGAAUCGCGUUACAACGGAUGGGAAUUGAUCGCCAUCCUCUGAAAAAAAUGAAAGCUGAAAGUGAUUAUCCGUAUUGAGGGUGCAUAAAAUGCUAUAAGGAAAAUACUGUGGAAUCAUAGUGUCACUGGCCUUAUUUCGUGUAUGCAUUCCUGUAGUACUGAUGCCAGGUGUGAAGCUAUACCGUCCUGAAUGGCACCACUGUAUAGGCAUUCUAUAAACAGGGUGUAAAAAUGUGCAAAAUGACUGUUUUUGUACCUGUAUAAACGAACAAGUACCUUGCACUGAGGGACGUGUCUAUCCAAUGAAAUAUCACCCAUUGCAGUACAACGUUGCGCAUUUGUAUCUCUCCCUAAAGACAAACUGUUGCACAUAUGCUGGGUGACACUGGCCCCAGACUGAAAGCUUCACAACACAACAUGCAAACACUGCACUGCUCGCCAAGUGUGAGCUAAUAACGAGUAGUGGCGCGCAGUAGCGGCUGGGAGCGACUUAUCAGCGCCUUACAGCGAUCUACAGCAUUGCCGGCUGAUGGCUUGGCACCACGUGUCCCCAAUAAUAAAAGAAUAGGAGAAUACAUAACUGGCCAGGCAUUGCCAGCCUGCUGACAGGAUAUUACACUAAAGUGCCUGCUAUCAAUUGUUACAAGGAGUGCCAGCAACUUGCCUGGGAAGCUACGUGCGACAGGUUUCUCAAGCAGGGACUACUACUGGGCACUAGGGCAGCGAUGCUUGUACUUCUCUGACGAACUUAGAGAUCAGCGUUUGCUAAAGAAAGACUGCAGAAGGCUAAGGCUUCCAUUCUUCCAGCCCGUGUCCAAGCAACCAGAGAAUGUGUGUUAGUAAGAGCUGCUGCUGGCACUGAGCGGCAAUGUACAGACUGGGUGCCAAUGCCAAGUAGUCAUGCAGCGGCAGUCGCAGACACUCAGCACACGGACACACUCCCUCUUUAUUAGUAUUAUCGUGUGCAUUACAUUUUAAUGUGUUUCACGUUUCUUUAUUAUCCAGGAUUGCAUUAUUCAUUAUCAAUAUCCCCAUAUCCUUUGUUCAUAACGGAUUCUCCUUCAGUGCAAUAUGCCAGACUGUAGUUAUAGCCCCGCUAUGACCCCUUCCUAGAGUGUUUAUUCGUCUCUGCAUCCGCCGCCCCCUCUAGUGUAGUGCAAAUAAUCUGUCACAAAAUCAUUUCCCAGUAGCUCUGGCCCCUCUGCUGGUGAAUGUGGAUAUGAGUGGGAGCCUGCUGUAGCCCUGGGCACUGGGUAUCCUCCAGCUGUUCUUGCCAUGCCUGAUUCCUUGUCCUAGAAAGUGACCAACAGUCCGGGCUCUGUCGGUGAGGGUCCGGGGAGCGAAGGCCGGGGAGGAAAGGGUGGCGGGUGACGUCAGGAUGCUCAGCCGAAGGAAAGUUGCGCCGAGCUCUGGCACUGUUUAAAUAAGAAAGGAACGGGCAGUGGCACCGAGCCUCGGGGCUGGCACCCACUCCUACUGCCAACCACCUUGGAGAGCGCGUUUCCAUGUGAGGGAGCUCGUUGGUUAGGAAAAGACAUCUCCUAAGAGGUGGGAAGGAGAGGAGAGAGAGCUUCUACCUCCGCAAUCAGCAGCAGCAGCAACAGACAGGGAUCCUGCAGUAGCAGCCGACAGCCGACCUGUCUGCGCCCCAAGCUCCCCUUUCUUUCUUGCAAUCGGAUCAUUGUAUCGGAAUGAAUGCGUGGGGCCACUUAUCACCGAGCCUGCCUAGUGGCAUGUCCCUGGGCUGAGCCAAUCAAUCCAGGGCACAGACUAAACAAGGCUCAGGAGCCAGACGUUCAGCUGCUGGGAGUACAGAGGGAAGAGCGCUACAUUUGCACAGUGGAAGAGGAGCUACUUUGAGUAGGAUUUGGUGUUGCAGCAGAUGCCGAGCAACACGUAAGGAAGCCCCCCCUGACCGCGCAGAGGCACAUCCCAGCCUGCUGCUGCUGCUGCAUGAGAGGGGGUCUCACUGGCAGCCUGUGGGAAGUUGCAGCAAAGAGGGGGGUGGAUCAGAACAAGCCCAAGCCUUCGAGUGGAAGUAGGAGACACAAGCACCUCGGUCUCUAUCCCUUGCAGCCUGGGGGCGGAAUGGACCUGCUAAGCCCGAGGAAUUGAUGGCCGCGAUCUAUUGCGCAACCGUGCCUAGUACCCCGGCCAACUCGGAGGAACAGAAAGCUGAUUCAUGGAUGUGCCCAGCGCCCGAGCAGAGGAUGCAGCCUGAGACUUACUGGUGUUAGCGUGCAGCAGCGAGCUAUUUGGGGGCUCCCGGGGAGCCUUCAUGCAUCACAGUGGUGGGAAUUCAUUGUGUUACUUUGUGGGGAUUUGCUGAGUUGGAAAAACGACAUGCAGCUCUUGAAAGCUUUAUGGGCAUUAGCGGGAGCGGCUAUCUGCUGUUUUCUUCUAUUUCUUAUCCACUCCCAGUUCCUUAAAGAAGGUCAGUUGGCUGCAGGUACAUGUGAGGUUGUUACAUACGACAGAGAUAGCAGCCAGCCACGGAGGACUAUAGCUCGACAAACAGCGCGCUGUGCGUGUAAGAAAGGACAGAUUGCCGGCACAACAAGAGCAAAGCCAGCCUGCGUAGAUGCACGUAUAAUAAAAACAAAACAGUGGUGUGAAAUGCUUCCAUGCUUAGAAGGGGAAGGCUGUGAAUUGUUACUCAAUAAAUCAGGUUGGACCUGUAUGCAGCCAGGUGGGCGAAUAAAAACAACAACAACACAAGGGGUGUGACCACUGAAGACAGCCUGAAACAGUCCACGCUGAUUUACAUUAAAGUCUCCUGACAAAUGCAACAUCAAAGCCCUGCAGAAGCAGUUCAAGCUUUUGAGAUCUACGUACUCUUAGACAAUUUCACUGCUGUGGAUCAUCAUUGUAUGCCAUCUACUCUGUCUGUUCAUCCGGUAUCUCAUAAAAGACAGCAUAAUUUCACAAAAUUUUGAGCAAAACUUUGUCCUUCCUUGUUAAGGAAUUUCGGAGAAAGGAAUACUGUGUGCUGACAUGAGAUAUGAUCGGGCAUUAGCAAUACAGCUCAUGGUUAACAUUUCAUCUGGAGUAGAUGUUGCCAACUUCUUUGAAUUUGAAUAUUCUACCAUCCAGAAGAGUAUUCGUUCCAAUCAGCCUUAGAAAGAAGACUGUUUUGUCUACAAGAGGACUAAAGUGCAAAAGAGAUUGACUUCUAGUGUCCUGGACUUGUCGAAUUGCUUUUAUUUUCUUAUAUGUUGGAUAUAAAUACAAUAGACCAAAGAGCAAAGCAUAUGUUAAAAAGGACAAAACCCAAAACUGGGGUAAAGGGUAAAGGUUUAACAUGAAUGCUUACUUAUGAUUUCAAAGGACAUGUUUUCUCAGCAGUUACAAUGCUGGAAGUUUACAUUCCAGUGGACAUCUUUAUGGACAACUGCAGCAAAGCAUAUGCAGAAAAUAGCUCUUCAAAAGUACAUCUAUGGAACUUAAUGGAGCAUGGAGAAAAAAAAACAGCCUAUGUUUUAAAACAAAUUUCACAACACAGAAACUGUCUUAAUGGUAUCUUAAUUCCGCUGUACUUAGAAUGACAUUGCCAUACUAAAACUCAUUUUCAGUUUUAACCAGUAAAAUACACCUCUUCUACAAAUCCAUUUUGAUAGUUGACAUUGGAUAAAAGGUAUUUGCAAAAGAGCAUGUUUGGUCAUUUGUGGCCACAUUCUAUACACCAUUUAGCACCAGAAGGCAAAUUAAAGAGAAAAAAAAGAAAAAAGUAACACUUGUUUGAAAGAAAUCAUUAAAUGUAUUUUGAAAAAAAGCCUAAAGUUAUAUAUUUAACAGUUUUUAUAUGUUGUAUAUUUGUAGAAAAUCCUAUUUACCAAUUAACGUGGUAACUCUGCAAUCCAAGUGUCAGAGUUGAAUUGUGUUUAUUACUUCAGUUGUCUCUGAAGCCACUAGUGUAGUUUGCUUUCUUCCAUUGGGACGUUUUGGAUGUAAAGCAUGAGCAGAGAUAACUCUGUAGAAAAAGCAAAGAAUACUGUUUAUAUAAUAUAAAUGCAUUCAACCAUUG